GACAUUGAAAUACACUUGAAGGCCCGUUCUACCCCAGCUGCUACCAGCGACUGAUAUACCUCCUGCUCACCAGUGCACCACUUGCUGGGCAGGAACUUGGACAUCCUUCCGACGACACAUCUUAACAAUCUAUCUCACAUUUUUCAACUAACUAUCUACAUGACGAUACCAUGUUGCUUGUAUUCUUCAGUCACGCCGCCCACCAUAUCCAAAGCCCUAGCUAGUCAUGAGUUACUGGCGACCCUCUCCUUUGAAGAUGUCCUUGCAUUCACUUCACGUGCAUCAGCUCUCAAGCGCGAUAUUAUGCUCCCACAACUUCAGACGAUCCCAGACAACGUCCCACCCGACAUCCUACCACCUUCGAUCUGCGAGUUCCUGCAACUGUCUACUGGCUUAACCAGGGAUACUGUCCUAGCAUGUUGGCAUGCAUUCAAAGAGAUCAUAUGGGGCAUGCCUAGCAGUGAUGAGUUGGCUGCAGAGCACGAGCGAGCAUUUCGCGAGCAUGGACAACGACUUGGUUUAACAUCUAUCUCACUCUAUCCUCCACAUACGCACUGUACACAAUCCAACUGCUUCACUGCCCAGUCACGAGCGCCACUCAAAAAGGCUGAAUCCCGUCAGGUCGUGCUUCACACACUCCAUGGUGUCAUCCCCGCAUGGUCGGUUCAUCUCAUCUGUCGUACUUGCAACACUGUAUACGAGAACAACUUUUGCAUCGCUGAACGUAGACGAUGGUACUAUGGUGGGGUCCCAGACUACAUCCAGGUGGCUGACCACCAUUUUGUCGACCGGCGUGUUGCCAACCUUUGGGUGGAGCUCCACCUAAAGGGCCAUGUAUCUGCACAGGCAUGUGCAAACAUUUAUGACAGCGCUUUGUCAAUGAGGGAGGAGAAUAAGCUUGAGGAUGCGGGCUGGCAGUUUGGAUUCAAGCUGAAAAAUGAACACAUCUGGGAUGCGUUCAUCGUUCUUGCGCUUACUGAGGACUGUGCUCGGCGUGGAGUCAUACUUGAUGUACCGAACGAUGCUAUGCAAGUCCGCAAUGAGCGCAUCAUCUGUGAGGGGCAGCCAGAACUACGACACUACUGCGACACCUGCAUGCGGACUUACUGGAAUGAUGAUGGUAGUGCACGGAAAGUGCAGGUCGUUGUUACAGAUGGCUUGUCUAUGGGCCGCCCAUGCUGCAAUGUGUUUCGAUGCCGCAACCCACUUACCAACAAUCGGUCACGAUUCUGCUGGCAACAUGUCGAUGAAGGUCUUAACAAGGUCUGUGCCGUAGUUGACUGUGAUAUGUCUGUAUCACCGGGAUCGAAGGCAUGCACACUCCCAGCACAUCAGGACAUGGAGCACCUUCAUGACGAGAGAAUGCGUGCCAACUUUCAAGCUACCAAGUGCCUCCAGAAGAUGCAUGCUGCACAACCGAACGAUGCUAUGGUCGCACAACAGCUGUCAGACGCACUUGAUCUGGAGUUCAAGGAUGAGUGGUAUGCAUUGGAUCCGACAACUCAAGCCUUGAAGCUCUUUACCAUUAACAACCCAUCCUCGACUGGCGAACUUGACAGUACUGUCAUCCAGAGUCAAGAAGGCUGUGAUGGCAAAUCCGAGCUUGGCAAUCGCAAGCUCAGAGCCAAGUUUGGUCGUUCUCGGACACACAAUGAGCAGAUUGUCAUUCGUCCAUGUGGGAUAAUUGUAGCCCGUGCCACCAUGGUCGCAGCCGAGGCUAUCUCCAAUGUCCUUCAUAUGGUCAAGACUACAUUUUCUCUCCCUGGUGCCCAGAAGCCUGAGCACAUCAUGUACGAUAGCAAUUGUAACGCCCUUCGUGAAGUCCAGAGUCGCAACGACACUUGGUUCGACAAUGUCGGCAUGUGUGUCGAUGCAUUCCAUUUUCGAACCAAACACAAAGAGGGUGAUGAAUUCUGCCAGACGCGAUGCAAUCCUGCACAUUAUCCAGAGCUUCUCAAUGCUGACGGCUCGUGGUUUUUCAACUCCUCCAUUGCAGAACAGGCAAAUGUUUGGUUAGGCGGUUAUCAUAACAUCGUGUGCGAGAUGCUCCCUGACAAGUAUGAUUUUUUUCUGGAUGAGAUGGUGAUGCAUCGCAACCGUGCGCUCAUCAAGACCAUGGAGAAUCGCGGUCAAUUUCCUUGGUAUUCCCCUGCAGAUGCGUAG